UGAAUAAAAAAUCUUCCCAAACUUCUGUCCUGUAAUCUCGAGACUGGCCUGUACAUGGUGGCCUGUUAUCUUGGCGGCUCUCAGAAAUUCUGCUGAUCCUGCCACCAGAACCAAGGCUGCCUGGUCAGAUAUGCAAAUGCUCUCACAGCACAGCAGUCUCAGUAAUUAGGGUUUUGACCGUGAUAGAUGAAUGGCUCUCGCUCUGUCCCAGGAUCUUGGUCCUGGGUUCUGGGCCCAGGGCACCCCGAGCAUGUUCAGUUGGUUCGGUGUUGUGACCUGUUGGGUCUUGGUUUUCUAACCAUGGUGAUGUGUCACUGUUUCUGCCUUCUUGUGAGAGACAACAGAGGGAGCCUAUUGGGCAGUGAUGGUGGCUCCACCUUCGCCAACCUUAUUGGCCAAAACUAUAUGCCUCAGCUGCUGACCUGCCCCUCCCUCUACUUGGACCCAGCCCAGCUACUUACUGAUGUAAAUGAGAACUGACUUAACCAGGGUGCUGCUGGACAGCUAAUCGGCACUAAUCUCGGCCAGUGGGGUAGGGGAUUAUAAGCUACGUUUGUGCGUUAGAUGGUGUUUCCAUGUCUCUAGGUCUCGCUCCAUGUCCUUGUGGGUACUGGUAACCCUGUUCAGCUUGCAUAGCUCUUUCUCGCGCUCCUCAAAACUACCAGAGUUUUCUUGAGGCCUGGUGCCUAAGUCUGUCGGAGGAGUAGUUGUCAUCGUCUUAGUUUGGGGUUGAGCGGGAUCAGGUGUGGGCUCGUUCCGGUGACUUGCGGACCGCAGUCCCCUGCUUAGCCGAGAAGGCGGAUUUGGUGGAACCCUCCCGGUCGUCCGCGUCCUUGUCCUCCUCCAUCUUGGGGACCCACCGGCCUCCCGUUGCCGUCGCCCUGCUCUCCUGGGAUGCGGAUGACUGUCCGACCGGACCGACGCUGACCCAUCCCGCCAGGGCUGCCUCCGUUUUCUGUUUGUGAGAGGAGACCACACAGGACAGGAGGAAAAUGUUGAACCAGGGCAGUGUGAUGAUCUUCACCGGUGUCUGCGGAGCUGUGGUCUUCAUGGCUGUGGUCUACUACGUCUACUGGACGGUGAUAUUGAGUGACGGGCCGUGUCAGCGGGGGCUGUAAAUAGAAUAACGCGCUGGUGUGUGAGUGCGAGGGGGUUGCUCCGCUCCUAUCAUGGAUCUGGUGGCGUACCUGAAGACCCAGUUCAUCCUGCAGCUGCUCAUCGGCUUUGUGUUCGUGGUGAGCGGCCUCAUCAUCAACCUCCUCCAGCUGUGCAGCUGCGUCAUCUGGCCCUUUAACAGGCAGCUGUACCGCAGGAUCAACUGCAGGCUGGCCUACUCGCUCUGGAGCCAGCUGGUGAUGCUGUUGGAGUGGUGGUCAGGUACGGAAUGCACUCUCUACACUGACCAGGCCACGGUGGACAAGUUCGGCAAGGAGCACGUCAUCAUCAUCCUCAACCACAACUACGAGAUCGACUUCCUCUGCGGGUGGACCAUUUGUGAACGCUACGGCGUGCUGGGGAGUUCCAAGGUCCUGGCAAAGCACGAGUUGCUAAAGGUUCCUCUGAUUGGCUGGACCUGGUACUUCCUGGAAAUUGUCUUCUGUAGGAGGAAGUGGGAGGUGGACAGAGAGACAGUCUUCAGAGGCCUGGAGAGACUUAGAGAUUACCCAGAGUGCAUGUGGUUCCUGCUCUACUGUGAAGGCACACGAUUCACAGAGAAGAAGCACCAGAUCAGCAUGCAGGUAGCAGAGAGCAAAGGCCUCCCCAAACUCAAAUACCACCUACUGCCUCGAACCAAGGGCUUCACCACCACCCUGCAAUGCCUGAAGGGAACGGUGAAUGCUGUGUAUGACGUCACGCUGAACUUCAAAGGCGAGAAGAACCCCACACUGCUGGGAAUCAUCAGCGGUCAGAAGUACAUGGCAGACAUGCGCAUCAGGAGAUUUCCUGUGGAAGAGAUCCCGAAUGAAGAGGCAGAGUGUGCAGUUUGGCUCCACAAACUCUACCAGGAAAAGGAUGCUCUCCAGGAGCAGUAUAAGAAAGAGGGCUGUUUUCCUGGUCCCACCAUCUCUCCUCCCCGCCGGCCGUGGGCUCUGCUCAACUUCCUGUUCUGGGCCACCCUCCUGCUCUCCCCCCUCGUCAGCUUCGCCUGGGGGGUCGUCAUCAGCGGCUCCCCCCUCCUCAUCAUCGGCUUCAUCCUCUUUCUGGUCGUAGCCACUGUUGCGAUGCGCCGGCUGAUUGGCGUCACUCAGGUCAACAAAACAGGCUCCAGCUACGGCGACCAGAACGCCAAGAAGCAGGACUAGAUGAGUCUCUGUGCUACGGUCACUCUGUGGUCGCUGUGCGGUCAUCGUGUGGUCAUGGGCCCUUUAAAAAAAAAUUAAAAAUACAAAUAAAAGAUUUUCUGAUAGGGCAAGGAAAGCACAUUCGUGUGGGGGAAAAUAUCGGUUAUGCUUAAGAAGAGAUGAUGGUGACUGUGAUGAAGAUGAAGACAUUGGUGACAGAAAAAGACAAAAAGAAAAGAAACAAAAGGGACUGUGUGAAUGUGUGACAGCAGAGCAGGUGGAGGAGUCUUUAAUGGAUGCCUGACCACUGAUGGGGAGGAAGAAUGGGGAGUGGCCAAGCCCUGAGCUCCCAAGCCCCGAGGCUUCGGGGUUCUUCCUGGGCUAAGACGCACAGCUCUCCCACUUAUUUCAGCGGCACCCAUUUUGCAUUUCAGUCCUCUACUCUCUGCCCCAGCCUGCCCGCUUCCCUGUCCUGCACAUCAGCCACCCAAUGAUGAGCUGCUCCGCCCCCUUGCUCCUCCCUUCAUCAGCCACCCAAUGAUGAGCUGCUCUGCCCCCUUACUCCUCCCUUCAUCAGCCACCCAAUGAUGAACUGCCCCGCCCCCUUGCUCCUCCCUUCAUCAGCCACCCAAUGAUGAGCUGCUCCGCCCCCUUACUCCUCCCUUCAUCAGCCACCCAAUGAUGAGCUGCUCCGCCCCCUUACUCCUCCCUUCAUCAGCCACCCAAUGAUGAGCUGCUCUGCCCCCUUACUCCUCCCUUCAUCAGCCACCCAAUGAUGAGCUGCUCCGCCCCCUUACUCCCCUCCCUUCAUCACCCACCCAACCCCGUCCCACUGCUCUUAGAUAGGCUUUUUUAAAACCUCUUGGGUGAUUUUGGGGUUGGGUAGGAGUGGAGGUUUUGUACAGAACACUCAACGAAACCAAUAUUAGGGCCUAUUUUGGUUUUGUUUAGUGUUUUCAACCAUUCAGAACAAAGACAGUAAAUCUCAAUCAAGACCUAGCACUAGUUGGUCAUUCCUUGCGUCCUCCCUUUUUUAAUUCCAGGAGGUUCAGCAAGUAUCAGGAGUUUUCCCGUACUUCCUGAUGUCCAUUGAAACUGUACCAUACAGAAUAUGCAUCAAAUCCGAAAAGCUUCAACUUCAACGAAAGGGAGACCGAACUUUGAAUGUGAAGAACGCAGUACUGAGUAUCAGAUGGGUCUUUGAUAUAAUCCGUGUCAUGACCCGCUAAAUAUCCAUGAGCUGACAGGGCUGAUAUGUAUUGUGAUUAGAGCUACGGCCAAAACAAGUCUUGAGUUGUGGUCUCCCUGCUCAUGAAUAUUCAAAUCUCGUCAACAAGAGCAGGGACCUGAGCUUCAUCCAAGUUCUGCAAUGUCUGUCUUGGCUAGUGGUCCUACCAUCUGUCAGUGAUCCCACAUAGCUCAGACGGACAUUUCACUUCCUUGUUCCCUGUCUUUUGUUUUUUUUAUUUGGGUUAUCACCCUGGGGCUGGGGAGGACGUGAGUGUCAUUGACUUGAGUUCUGAGUUCCAAAUAUUUCUGGAACAUACCAUGGCCCUGCCACAUACCCCCAAUUGCCCCCAGUCUUUGUCUCACCCAUCACCAGAGAGAUGAAGGGGAAAGAGGACACACGUGUACACAUACAUGCACUCGCUCGUUCACACGCUCUUGCUGAUAAUCACUAACAUACUCACACGAGCACCCACACAUAACAUUGUUAUUGUUAUUAUUAUUAUUACAUAACAUUGUAGAGCACACGCAAAAGAUGUAAGCGCAAACAUCUCUAUGCCAUCACUCUGUCCAGUCUAAUUGAAUUGUGCACUGCUUUCUGGGAGCGUGUUAAUAGAAGAAUAUUGCACUUGAUUUGAACGAACAGGGUAUAUGGUCUCCCGUCACACAAGUUUGCUUGGGGGCUACAAGGCGGAGCCCCCACAACAUUACCCACUUUCUCCCCACACUCAGAUCCUAGAUCAGCUCCCAAGCACCUCUCACCCAAAUCCUUUAACAGUUCCCUCUCUGUUAAAUCCUUUAACGAAUAGUUAUGACCAAGCAUGGAAUGAGUAUGUCUGGCAACCAGCAGUCCCGUGCAGUUUAGUACAGUGUUGUUAGAUUUGGUUGGAGAAGAAACACCAAUUACUGGCAGCUUUUAAUGGCGGGAGGUCCCAGUUUUACAGCUGCGUUUUAAUGUUUCACUUUUUUUUCCUUUUGCUUUGUUGCUUUUGGUUUAUCAUUCAAUGCCCAUUCGUUCAUUUGCUCAGUCAUUCAUUAAUGUGCACAGUCAGUUCUCCCGUUAGGUGGGGUCAAGUGUUUGCUUUAGCUUAGCAGCAUGUACACCGCACGCAACAGUGUGACGAUACGCAAUACUCUUCUUCUGUGGCUACCGGAGGCUCAUCAUCGUCCCGUAGCACAGCUUUUCCCACACCUGCUUUCCAGCUCUGCUUCAGCCUGUAGUUCAUUAUUAGGAUUCUUGUUAGUAGUAAUUUUGUAGCUCUUUACUUAAUCUGGUUUGUCAAGGCCGUCAGAUGCACAUGACAUGCAUGUGGGGACGGCAGCAGCUGUGGCUAAUGUUUUCAUUUCACUUACAAAGAAAAAAAAGACACAAAGAUUCAAAGUACUGUAGCCUGUGUACUGCUGUAGCACUCCUGAAGGGAGAGGUUUGUGUGAAAUUCCUGGACACUGCCGGACUCAAGGGGUGAAGAGAUGUAACCUACUGCUCUGGUGGGGGCGUAUUGCAUAUCCGUUCAUUUCCGCCUUUUGUGUUCAGUUGUAACAUACACAGGGCUGUUGUUUCACCCAGGCCACGAGUGCAUUUUCAUGUUCGAGCUGUGAUUAAAUAUUCGGGGGAGGAGUUUGCAUAAGUCACAUCCAUUAUUAAGCCUCUUCCAUUAAAACAGCCUCCUCGCUCCGCCUCCAUUUCCCCUCAUUAUUAUUAAUACAGUCCCAAUCAUUCCAAGGUCCAAAACCGACUUCAGACAUGCAGUGUGCUGUGAAAGCACGGAGCAGAAUUUUGGCUUGCAAUUCCUCUCCAACAACAGUCCAAUUGGCCACUCAAGCAGCUCCCUCCGGGGUUGCACUCGAACGGCGAAAUGCAACACACCACUGGUGGGAGGUGGAGUGCAGACCUGGACUUCAUCUCCCAUCAUGUUUUCACUGCACCCUGGUAUCUGUGUGGUCAUUAGAUGUAGAUUGCAGGAGAUUAGGCCAGAGUAGAAGCAUAAGGAAAAGUCUUUUCAUUGCAGUAAUCUUCCUUACACUGGAGGGUCUUUUGAGAGCUGACUUUAGCAAUGUAGUUUUUUUCUGUUUUGUUUUGUUUUUUUUUCUUUUUUGUUAAUAUAUUUUCUUUUGGAAUAUCAAUAAAAAUGAUGGCUUCAUAAAAACUCAAUACUUAAUGAAUUGACCUUUCUGUUUUUUUGUUAACAUUUUUUCUCAAAAGUCUAUUUUUUUUUCUUCAAAAGUGUUUUAAAAAAUGUAUUAAAUUACAAUGGAUUUGUAAUUUGUUCAUCAAUAAAAUAUCCCUGUUUUGCAGCUUA